GCUCUGGCACCAGCUGACGCUGCAAGUUUUGGACUUUGUGCAGGACCCCUGCUUUGCCCAGGGAGAUGGACUCAUCAAGCUUUACGAGAACUUCAUCAGUGAGUUUGAGCACAGGGUGAACCCCUUGUCCCUGGUAGAGAUCAUUCUCCAUGUGGUCAGACAGAUGACGGAUCCCAAUGUGGCCCUGACUUUCCUGGAGAAGACUCGAGAAAAGGUCAAAAGCAGCGAUGAAGCUGUCAUUUUGUGUAAAACAGCCAUCGGGGCGCUCAAGCUGAACAUCGGAGACCUGCAGGUCACCAAGGAGACCAUCGAGGAGGUUGAGGAGAUGCUGAACAAUCUCCCUGGGGUGACUUCGGUUCACAGCCGCUUCUACGAUCUCUCCAGCAAGUACUACCAGACGAUUGGGAACCAUGCCUCUUACUACAAGGAUGCUCUGCGGUUCCUGGGGUGCAUUGAUGUUAAAGAUCUGCCGGUGUCAGAGCAGCAGGAGAGAGCCUUUACCUUGGGACUGGCGGGGCUCCUGGGAGAAGGUGUUUAUAAUUUUGGGGAGCUGCUCAUGCACCCCGUUCUGGAGUCCCUGAGAAAUACGGACCGGCAGUGGCUGAUUGACACGCUUUACGCCUUCAACAGCGGUAAUGUAGAGACGUUUCAGGCUCUGAAGUCAGCGUGGGGGCAGCAGCCAGACCUGGCUGCAAAUGAAGCGCUUCUGCUGCAGAAGAUCCAGCUGCUGUGUCUUAUGGAGAUGACUUUCACCCGCCCGGCCAAUCACCGACAGCUGACUUUUGAAGAGAUUGCUAAGAGUGCCAAGGUCACUGUCAAUGAGGUGGAACUGCUGGUGAUGAAAGCUCUCUCGGUAGGCUUGGUAAAGGGCAGCAUCGAUGAAGUCGAUAGGAGGGUGCACAUGACAUGGGUACAACCACGCGUGUUGGAUUUACAGCAGAUCAAAGGGAUGAAAGACCGCCUGGAGUUCUGGUGCACAGAUGUGAGGAGCAUGGAGAUGCUGGUGGAGCACCAAGCUCACGACAUCCUCACAUAGAGGACCUCGCGCUGCCCCGAGAGGAAUCCCUCCUGCUCCUGCUGCGAGCAGGCUCAGACCACUGACUGAUGUGAAUUCUCUUGGAGGGGGGUGGGUGGGCAGAGGGGAGAGCAACUUUUUGAGGCUUGUUGGGAGGAGUAAGUGGCCUUUUGCUGUGUUAACCCUUUGGUGCUUGGAGUCAAGAUUCCCCUAUGCCCUGACACGAGUGGCACUGACGCCGAGAGCUCCCUUCCUGCUCUCGUGCAAGGAGGACAGAGCCCCCACAGUGUCUGAGUUAUCCGUCUGGAUAUCACAGUGCUGUGGGAGGGUGUCCUGCUAGCUGC